CCCCCUGCAGACUGCCUGCUGAUGCUGGCCUACAAAGACAAGUCAGAGCGCGCCAAAGGGCUUCGGGAACGUAGCAGCCUGACGCUGGAGGACAUCUGCGGGCUGGAGCCCGGCCUGCCCUACGAGGGCCUGGCCCACACGCUGGCCAUCGUCUGCCUGUCGCAGGCCGUCAUGCUGGGCUUCGACAGCCGUGAGGCUAUGUGUGCCUGGGACGCCCGGAUCCGCUACGCACUAGGCGAGGUGCACAGGUUCCCCGUGAUCGUGGCUCCGGGCACCAAGCUGGAGAGCGGCCCCGCCACCCUGCACCUCUGCAACGACAUCCUCGUGGUGGCCAGGGACGUCCCCCCGGCCGUGGCGGGGCAGUGGAAGCUGUCAGACCUCCGGCGCUACGGGGCCGUGCCCAACGGGUUCAUCUUUGAAGGCGGGACCAGGUGUGGAUUCUGGGCCGGAGUCUUCUUCCUGUCCUCCACCGAGGGAGACCAGAUCAGCUUUCUGUUCGACUGCAUUGUCCGAGGCAUCUCGCCCACCAAGGGUCCCUUCGGGCUGCGGCCUGUUCUUCCAGACCCGAGCCCUGGGGGCCCCGCCCUGGAGGAAAGGGUGGCGCAGGAGGCCCUGGAAGCCCUGCAGCUGGAGAAGCGGCUCAGCCUCCUCUCUCACUCCGGCCGGCCGGGCAGCGGAGCUCUCGAGAAGGGGGCCAGCCCCCGGGCUGGGGGGCGGCACCGGGGUCUCUGGGCCCAGAGCAGGCCCUCUGUCCUCUGGGGUGGCCGACAGCCCCACGGGUGCACGCUGCGGACGGCGGCCUGUCCAGGCCCCACAGCGGGGGUCUCAGGUGUGCCCGGGGCUGCCACGUCCUUGGAGAAGGUGCUCCUGUCUGGUUCCCAGGGCGACGGUGGGGAGGGCGUUGACGCCGCGCCGGGCGCUGCCAGGCCCGCCCCGAAGCCGCUGCGGCCGCGGCAGCUGCGGGAGGUCGGCCGCCAGAGCUCCUCGGACAGCGGCAUCGCCACUGGCAGCCACUCCUCCUGCUCGGGCAGCUUCUCGUCGUGUGCGGGCAGCAGCCUGGACGUGUGGCGGGCCGGCGACGAGCUCGGCUCCCUGCUCAGCCUGCCGGCGGCCGGGGCCCCAGAGCCCGGCCUGUGCGCCUGCCCACCCGGGGCGGCCGAGUACCAGGUGCCCGCCGCCCCGCGGCCGCACUACGACACGCCCCGCAGCCUGCGCCAGGCGCCCCGGGACCAGCCCCCCGCCGCGCCGGGCAGCCCAGACAGGGGCGCCGCCCGGGACUCAGGGUGUCCCCCUGGCUGGCCUGGCGAGAGACGGCGGGGACCGGCGCCAGAGGCGGCAGCAGCGGGGGCCGGCGAGCCCUGGGAAGCUGGCGUCCCCCACGCUGGGCCCCCUCCCGCGCUCUUUUCCACGUGUCCCGUCUGCGGAGGACUGAAGGUAAAGCCCCCUCCCUGA